AUGUCUCACAGAAAGUACGAAUGCCCAAGAUCAGGCUCUCUCGCCUUCUUGCCAAGAAGAAGAACAAGACACCACAGAGGCAGAAUCCGAUCAUUCCCAAGAGACGACGCCAAGGCUCCAAUCCACCUUACUGCCUUCGUCGGAUAUAAGGCUGGUAUGACUCACGUCGCCAGACAUCACGAGAAGAGAGAAGGUAAGAAGAUCAUCAAGAGAGAUAUCGUCGAGCCAGUUACCAUCAUCGAAACCCCACCAAUGAAAAUUGUUGGUCUCGUCGGUUACGUCGAAACCCCAAGAGGAUUGAGAGCUCUCGCUACCGUCUGGGCCCAACACAUCCCAGAGGAGGUCAAGAGAAGAUUCUACAAGAACUGGGUCAACUCAAAGAAGAAGGCUUUCUCCAAGUAUGCCCAAAGAUGGCAAGAGGAUGAGAAGAGCAAGAAAUCAAUCAAGAGAGAUCUUGAGAGAGUCAAGAAAUACUGCACAGUCGUCAGAGUUCUUACUUCCACCCAACUCAGCAAGCUCAACUUCAGACAAAGAAAGGCUCACCUCAUCGAAAUCCAAGUUAACGGAGGUACUGUCGCCCAAAAAGUUGACUGGGCUUUCGGCAAAUUCGAGAGCGAAGUCUCAGUUGGAGAAAUCUUCAACGACAACGAAAUGAUUGAUACUAUUGGAGUAACCAGAGGUAAAGGUACUGAAGGUGUUAUCAAGAGAUUCGGUGUUACUAGAAUGCCAAGAAAGACUCACAGAGGUCUCAGAAAGGUAGGUUGUAUCGGAGCUUGGCAUCCAGCUGCCGUUAAGUGGACUGUUGCCAGAAGAGGUCAACUCGGUUACCAUCACAGAACUGAGCAAAACAAAAAGAUCUACAGAGUAGGUGCUGGUGCCAACAGAGGUGUUAAGAACAACGCCACCACUGAGGCUGAUGCUAUUGAGAAGAACAUUACCCCACUCGGAGGUUUCCCACAAUACGGUGUCGUCAACAACGACUUCGUUAUGCUCAAGGGUUGUGUCGUCGGAACCAGAAAGAGACCAAUCGUUCUCAGAAAGUCAAUCUUCCCACAAACCACCAACGCCGCUCUCGAGAAGAUGGAGAUCAAGUUCAUCGAUACCUCAUCAAAGAUCGGUCACGGUAAGUUCCAAACCGUCGAGGAGAAGGACAAGUUCCUCGGACCCCUCGCCUCCAAGCAAAAGGCCAAGUGA